AUGACCGCAAUUCUCCUAGCGAAACAAGGUGCAAAAGUAACUAUCACAGGAUUACCGCACGAGACUGCUAAUGCAGCUAACGCAAUGUUUUUCUUUUCCAAAUUCAAGGAAAUAAAAAAGGAAUGUGUGAAAAGUGGAGUUAAAGCAAAUGAUAUCAUCGAUGUUUUGGGUGAUAUUACGGAUAGUGCCGUACAAGAGAAAGUUAUUGAUAGUACAAUUGCAGCGUUCGGCAAACUCGACAUUUUGGUCAACAAUCACGGAGGUGGAGGUCGUCAAAAGAACGACGAUGGUACUUGGAUGAUGCAAUGCUUCGAUAGCAUUAUGAAUCUUAACUGCAAAAGCAUAUUGCAUCUCUGUAUGAAGGCGAUUCCGCAUCUGAAGAAAACGCAAGGUGUCAUCGUGAACGUCAGCAGUGUAUCGGCUGUCACUGCAUCGAAGAACGUACCGUUCUAUUCCAUUUCGAAAGGCGCUCUUGACCACGUCACAAGACUACUCGCAUUCGAGCUCGCACCGCACGGAGUUCGUGUCAACAGCGUGAAUCCAGGAGCUGUCGACACUCACGUCCUUCAGAAAGUCGGACUCAGCCGUGAACAAGAAACGAAGGUACUAGAAUAUACGGCGAAGACAGCCAUCCCGAUGGGACGUGCAGCGCAGCCUGAAGAAAUAGCCGAGCCGAUCUUAUUUUUGGCAGAUAAGAAGAUGUCUAGUUAUAUCACUGGACAGAAUCUGAUCGUUGACGGUGGUGCCACUUUACAAGUGGCGAUGGCAUCGUUCGAUGUAACUGAUAUGAUGAAAAAAUAA